AUGAGGUCCGACGGGGAGGCCCGGGGCCCCGAGGCCGUGGAGGAGGAGGAGGAGGGGGGGGACGACCAGGGCUGCUGCGGCGGCGACCGCCUGGUGAUCAACAUCUCGGGGCUGCGGUUCGAGACCCGGCUGCGCACGCUGUCCCUCUUCCCGGACACCCUGCUGGGGGACCCCGCCCGCCGCGUCCGCUUCUUCGACCCCCUGCGCAACGAGUACUUCUUCGACCGCCACCGGCCCAGCUUCGACGCCAUCCUGCACUACUACCAGUCGGGGGGCCGCCUGCGCCGGCCGGUGCACGUCCCCCUCGACGUGUUCCUGGAGGAGAUCCGCUUCUACCAGCUGGGGGACGACGCCCUGGCCGCCUUCCGCGAGGACGAGGGCUGCCUGCCCGAGGAGGGCGACCGCGAGAAGCCCCUGCCCCGACGGCCCUUCCAGCGCCAGGUGUGGCUGCUCUUCGAGUACCCCGAGAGCUCGGGGCCCGCCCGGGCCGUCGCCAUCGUGUCCGUGCUGGUCAUCCUCACGUCCAUCGUCGUCUUCUGCCUGGAGACCCUGCCUCAGUUCCGGGCUGAGGGGCGAGGCGGGGCGGGGGACCCCGGGGUGUCCCCGGUGACCCAGGGCAGCCGGGGGGAGGAGGAGGAGGAGGAGGAGGAGGAGGGCGGCGUAGGCGUCGGCGGCGAUCUUUCUCUUCCCCCCGGGGGCCGGGGGGGGCCGCCGCCGCCCUCCCUCCCCGGGGGCUCGCUCUUCAGACCCUUCUUCGUGGUGGAGACGCUGUGCGUGGUGUGGUUCACCUUCGAGCUCCUGGUGCGCCUCUCCGCCUGCCCCAGCAAGCCGGCCUUCUUCCGGAACCUCAUGAACCUCAUCGACGUGGUGGCCAUCUUCCCCUACUUCAUCACGCUGGGCACCGAGCUGGCGCAGCAGCAGGGGGGGGCCCGGGACGGCGGCGUCGGGGGGCAGAACGGGCAGCAGGCCAUGUCGCUGGCCAUCCUGAGGGUGAUCCGGCUGGUGCGGGUGUUCCGCGUCUUCAAGCUGUCCCGCCACUCCAAGGGGCUGCAGAUCCUGGGCAAGACGCUGCAGGCGUCCAUGCGGGAGCUGGGGCUGCUCAUCUUCUUCCUCUUCGUCGGCGUCAUCCUCUUCUCCAGCGCCGUCUACUUCGCCGAGGCCGACGACGAGGACUCGCUCUUCCCCAGCAUCCCCGACGCCUUCUGGUGGGCCGUGGUCACCAUGACCACCGUGGGCUACGGGGACAUGUACCCCAUGACGGCGGGCGAGAUCGUGGGGUCCCUGUGCGCCAUCGCCGGGGUCCUCACCAUCGCGCUGCCGGUGCCCGUCAUCGUCUCCAACUUCAACUACUUCUACCACCGCGAGACGGAGCGGGAGGAGCGGGGCCGCUACACCCACGUCACGUGCGGCCGGCCCGCGCCCGACCUCCGGGCCGCCGACCACGGCCCCGCCAGGCCCGAGCCCCCCGACGGGGCCCCCCGAGAUCGGAGGCCCAGCUGCCUCCCCGCCCCGCCCCGGGCCCACGCCCCCGAGAGGAAGGGGCUCACCGAGGUCUGA